CAGCAGACUCUUGACUGUCGGACAUGGAGCAGAGCAUGAUCGCAUGCAAUCUCAAUCACGUGGAAAGUCGUCAAGCAGCUCGCACAGCAUAGGUCAGCGAGCGCUCCACAAUCAGCGACACAGCACUGGGUGACUGGCUGCUGAUACAAUCCCACCAGUCGAUUGACAGUCAUUCGUGCUAUGAGGGUGGCUGUUCAGGGUUGCUCGCACGGAGCGCUAGACUCCAUCUACGCUUCCAUCCGCUCCCUCGACGCCCAGGCCAAAAAGCGCACCGAUCUCGUUCUCCUCUGCGGCGAUUUCCAAGCGCUGCGAAAUGUUGCAGACCUAGAGACGAUUGCUGUGCCGGACAAGUACAAGCAGCUCGGCGACUUUGUUCACUACUACACCGGUCUCAAACAAGCCGAGUAUCUCACUCUCGUCGUUGGUGGCAAUCAUGAGGCGAGCGCAUACAUGUGGGAACUCUAUCACGGAGGAUGGCUAGCGCCCAACAUCUAUUAUCUAGGUGCAGCAGGAAGCGUGCAAGUUGGAGGUCUCGACAUUAGCGGUAUCAGCGGCAUCUACAAAUCCCACGACUAUAGAGCGCCAAGGUACGAGAGGCUGCCGUACGAUCGGUCAACUGUGCGCAGCACCUAUCAUACAAGGCAGUACGACGUCAUGCGGCUUGGACUUCUUUGUCCCCGGCUCUCACCGCACAGCUUCCUAUCGCACGACUGGCCAAACACGAUAGAACAGCAUGGCGAUACUGAUUGGCUCAAGCGGAAAAAACCCUUCUUCACAGACGAGAUCAACAGCUCGACUCUGGGGAACCCGCCGCUCAUGGGUUUGCUGCAGAGGCUCAAGCCGCAAUACUGGUUCGCUGCUCAUCUGCACGUCAGAUUUGCCGCGCUGUACAAGCACGAUGGACAAGCUACGAGAUUGCAGGACGAAAACAGAGCUGGCAAGGAAAACGGAUCGGCGGAACAGUUGGACUCGGGCGUCGUCGGUAGCGAGGUCUCCGGAGCGGUGGACGAAGCAGUAGACGAGAGUGUAGACAGAGCAGCAGAGGCGCCCAGCAGCGAACAGAUUGAUAUCGAGUUGAGCGACGAAGAGACCGCACCAGCUCGACCUGCAGACGAGUACAUCGACGAAGAUCCUCCGCACCAGCACGACACAAUUGUCGACGCUCAAGGUGCAGAGCCGUUAGCGAGCACAUCGUGGGCCAACGCACCGUAUGGAAGUAGCGCGACCAAAUUUCUGGCUCUCAGCAAGUGUCUGACGGGGCAGGAUUUCCUUCAGAUUUUGGAGGUCGAAGCGCCUUUUGAUGUUGACGAGGAAUAUGCCAUGUCUGUUCCCGUGCAUCCUAGUACAGCUUCGCAUGCACGCGCUCCAGAGCCGCGCGAGGCUGGCCAUGAUGGGUCGCAACGCGAGAAUAGCAGCGCACAACCACCCCUUUCGGAGUCCACACACCAAACCCAGCGUCUGCCGGCCUUCAGAUACAUUCCGCGUUGGCUCGCCAUAACACGAGCGACGCAUUCUCUGCUCUGUCUGGCGAGGAACCAGCAUCCGCCCUUGCCGCAUCGACUAUCUGACGACGCAGAGCUUCAACGUCUUGUUGAAAAGGAGGAACGGUGGGUCGAGGAGCAGUUGAUGAGCGCAAAGGAGAAAGACGGCGAGGCGGGAGGCUUGGAUAGGCACCCGUUGGCUAUUGCGAGCGUGCAGAGAUUCGUCAAGACUGCACCAGGCAUCGAUGUGCCUGAAGGUGCCCGAGCGGGUCCGCCUUCUUGGUAUACCAAUCCACAAACGCAGGCUCUGUGCGACUGGCUGCAGAUCCCAAACAAGAUCAACCCCUCUCCGAGCGCAGCGUUUGCGGCGCCCAGCUCAGACGAAAGCGCGAGCACCAGCUCGGGCAUGCAGCCUUCAAGACCGUCCUUCCAAAUGGGACAGUCGCAAGAUGCGCUGAUCAGGAUGGGAGCUUUGGAGCCUGCUCCUGCUCACGGAAACUUCGCCCAGCUCGUGGAGCGUGGUGAUGAAAGGACGAUGAAGGAUGCGCAAGAAGCUCGUAUGAGAGAGGAAGAGGGAGAGAUUGCGCGGAUACAAGAAGCUGCCAGAGCUGCCAUGAGCCGCAGUCAGAAUCAAUAAUAGCGACUUGCACACGUACGCUUCUUUUGCAAAAACC